GACGGCUGAGAUUUGCUCCCGGUAGCCAAAGGCGAAGAAAUGGCCUUUGCUCUGUGUGGAAUUUCUAGGUUAUGGCAGCGGCGUCACGAGCGCUAUCUCCAGAAGAACAGAAGGUAUUGGAACUGACGCAGCUCGCGGGCCUGGAAAUUCGAGAGGACGUCUUUCUCACGCUGUGGGAGCUAAUGCAGCUAGAAGCGUCACCUGUGUUGAUACUCCAGCUUCUCAAGGAAUUGGUUGGCACUGGUAGCGGGCUCGAUGGAUCCACAAACUCCGAGGCAAGUAGGAGCAGGAACUGAUAGAGGAAAAUCAUAGGGACAUAGUCGAGGAGGAAGAGAGCAAGAGAUUAAACAGGAGGCGAUGGCGGGUGCUGCCUCAGCACUCUUUCUUUUAGAUAUGAAGGGUCGGGUUUUAGUAUGGAGAGACUAUCGCGGAGAUGUAUCAGCAGCGCAGGCUGAACGCUUUUUUGCCAAGAUACAAGAAGGAGAGAGUGAUUCAAGCUCCCAAGAUCCUGUUGUUUUCGACGAUGGAGUGACUUAUCUUUUCGUCCAGCACAACAACGUGUACGUAAUGACGGCAUCCAGACAAAAUUGCAAUGCUGCGAGUCUCCUUUUGUUUCUGCAUCGAGUUAUCGAUGUUUUUAAGCAUUACUUUGAAGAGCUGGAGGAAGAGUCGUUGAGAGAUAAUUUUGUUGUAGUGUACGAACUUUUGGACGAGAUGAUGGACUUCGGAUAUCCUCAGUUCACGGAAGCAAAUAUUUUGAGCGAGUUCAUCAAAACAGAUGCCUACAAGAUUGAAAUCACUCAACGUCCUCCCAUGGCAGUGACAAAUGCAGUAUCCUGGCGUAGUGAAGGCAUUCGCUACAAAAAGAACGAGGUUUUUCUCGAUGUUGUCGAAAGCGUCAACAUUCUUGUUAAUAGCAACGGUCAGCUGGUUCGCUCAGAUGUUGUCGGUGCUUUGAAAAUGCGAACAUACUUGACGGGUAUGCCGGAAUGCAAGCUCGGUCUCAACGACAGGGUUCUUCUAGAGGCACAAGGGCGCUCGACCAAGGGCAAAGCCAUCGACUUGGAUGAUAUCAAAUUUCACCAGUGUGUUCGGCUGGCUCGCUUCGAGAACGACAGGACAAUAUCCUUCAUUCCUCCGGAUGGUGCUUUUGAUCUCAUGACAUAUAGGCUAAGUACACAGGUGAGACCUUUGAUAUGGGUGGAAGCUCAGGUCGAGAGACAUUCUCGGAGUCGCGUGGAGUACGCAGUGAAAGCCCGCAGCCAGUUCAAAGAACGCAGCACGGCAACCAAUGUCGAAAUUGAGCUGCCGCUUCCUGCAGAUGCCACCACACCCAACGUGAGAACAUCCAUGGGCUCAUCAGUCUAUGCUCCCGAGAAAGAAGCCUUGGUAUGGAAGAUCAAGUCAUUCCCCGGCGGCAAGGAGUACAUGUUGAGAGCUCAAUUUGGCCUGCCAAGCAUUGUGAGUGAGGAGAGUGUGCCAGAGAAGCGUGCGCCAAUUCGAGUAAAGUUUGAGAUACCUUACUUCACUGUUUCAGGAAUCCAGGUUCGCUAUUUGAAGAUCAUAGAGAAGAGUGGCUACCAAGCAUUGCCAUGGGUGCGUUACAUCACAACAGCGGGCGAGUACGAGCUAAGAAUGAUCCAAUACUAGACCUUCGUCUAGUUGUGGUCCUUUUUUCUGUCAAAUAAGUUUUUGGGUUUUCCCGCCAAAA